CUCUGUCGAUGUUUCUGUAAUAGUGAGUUAUGCCGUGGUUCAAUGCCAUUUUGGUGAUUAUUGAUAUUUGAUAAUUCCUGUUUAAUUAACGUGUAUUUAUAUAUAUGCACUCUGGAAAUACAUUCUAAUGUUUCUCCUGACUUCCUCAAAAUAAUUAUUUACAUUAAUGCAUACUAUGUUCGUGAUAUCUGAAAAAAGUGUAUGGUAAAUCUUGAUAGUUGUGAUAGUGUUUAUUGUAUCUUGAAAACUAAAACUGGAUGUGCUUACAAAACUUUGUUAAUAAUGAUUUUUAAUCACUUAGGCAAGUCGAAAUAUCCAGCAUUUACUUUAUUAACGUAGUGGAUUUUUCUAAUUAUUAAAAUAUCUUACCGGCCCUCUGAUGAUUGAAAUGGCGGCUAAUUCAAAAUUGCAUGUAAACAAAACCAUUUUAUAAACAGAUACAGACAAUGUGUUAUUUUGAAAAUAUUCAAUAACCAUAUGUAAACAACAAACGUAACUAUUUAAAACUUAUGACAGAAAUGUUUAGACUCCCUUAAUGGAUUUUUCUGUCAACUGCGAAUUAUCUUAGUACACAGAAUAUAGACAGGAAUAUUUUUCUCGUGAUGGACCCUGUACUUCAAAGACUUGGUGAUGUUACGAUACAGAGGCUUGAAAAACCAAGAGAACCCAAGAUGGGACCUCAAAAUGUCCCGGUGGCGAAACCCAAAGAGAAUAAAGAUGAAAUGAACAGUAGUCCUGAAGAUGACAGUGGAGAUGAUUUUUCUAUUCCAGGUCUAAAAAGAUCAAUGGUAUCCAAUGAGAUAUCAAUGAAAAAGUUCAAAUUUGGUCCUAGUGGAUUACCUAUUGGUAAAAAAACUGAUGACUUGAGUGAGACGGAAAUGUCUGAUUAUGAUUCUGAAUCAGAAAUGGAAGAUUCAGAAGAUGAAUCUCACGAACUCAACACCAACGCACCACUCAAUCAGAAAGUUACCCCCAAUAAAAAUUUUCCAGUGCCUCAACUACCUAUUCAAGCUCCAAGUAACUCUGAUGAAGAUGAAGGUAGUAGUGGAGCAUCCUUUUUUGAAAAAUUGGUGCAACAGACUACUGUUACUGAACCACCACCUUCCAAUAUGCCUGAUUCGAACACUCCUAAAGAGCCCAAUAUUCCUAUAAAACAGGAAGCUGCCAGUGAGGAAGAUUACGAUAUUGAUAUUAAAGAAAAACUGAAAGAAAUGGGGGAGAUCAGUUUUGAAACGGUCAAGAAAGGGGAGAAACCCAAAAAGACUGAAGUAGUGGAAAAUGAAGUUGUUGUCACUACUAAAAAAUUAGGUGCUGAUGGCGAGGAGAUUCCUGGGCUGCCCAAAGGAAUUGCGUUAAGGAGAAACAUCCGUGAAGUUAUGGAUGAAACUAAACUGGAUGAAUCGACUCUGGCGGCUCAAAGGCAGGAAGUUGAACGUCUCAGGAGGGUACAAGAACAACAAAGGCUUCUGAGAGAAUUGCAAAAACAAGCAGCACAAGAAAGAAUGCAAAAUAGAGUCAUAUCCUUGUUACAAGGUGGCCACUAUUCAAAACCCGGUACAUCACAACAAACACGAAUCGGUAACACUGUACUAGUAAAGUUGCCCAAUGGACAAACUAAGCCAAUGACUCGUAUUCCUAAACGCCCAUUUGAAUUACUUAGGUACCAAAAGAAGGUAGCUCAGCAACCCAUGAGCGCUCCUAAAGUCUCCAAAAAUCUUUUGCCCCCUAAAAAGAUUCCUACAGGACCUGAUCUGACUCCUUCUGUCAGUAUUGCUCCCGUCUCGAAAAAGAUGAUGCCACCAAUUAUGCAGAGGCAUAGUGAUAGUGAUAGCGAAAGUGAUGAAAGAAAAAUUAUGUCACCUCCUUUAACACAUAAACCUAAGGGUAAACCACCUGUACAAACAAUAGACAUAUCUUCCGACGAUGAUUGUAUCGUGGUAUCUGAACCUGAAGAAGAAGAGGAAGAAACAGAAGAUGAUCCAACAAACUCCGGCAUGCAUACCAAUGAUCAAUUCAAUCAACCAGAUGAACAAGGAAGAGUAUUGGUAAAUGUAGGUCAUCCUGAAGGAGAACCUGACGUUUUUGUAGCACCGCAAAUUUCUCGGAUUAUCAAACCCCAUCAGAUCGGUGGAGUCAGAUUUCUAUAUGAUAACGUUGUUGAAAGCACUAGUCGAUUUGAAAGUUCUACGGGAUUCGGCUGUAUUUUGGCCCAUUCUAUGGGUCUUGGAAAAACUCUUCAAAUUGUUACGUUUUCUGACAUUUUCCUCCGUCAUACGUCAGCAAAAACAAUUCUAUGUAUAAUGCCUAUAAAUACUUUACAAAAUUGGAUGGCAGAAUAUAAUAUGUGGAUCCCGCCUGAAGAAAGUGUGGCCAGCAGCCCUUUGGCAGCACAUGGAGAAGUAAGACCGAGAAAUUUUAAUAUUCUCGUUUUAAAUGACAGCCACAAAACUCUGGUGGCUAGAGCUAAAGUCAUACAUGAAUGGAGAACAAAUGGCGGUGUGCUAUUAAUCGGCUAUGAACAGUUCAGAUUACUGAGCCAGAGGAAAAUGCCAAAAUCUCGAAGGAAAGUUAAUCCAGAAAUUGAUGAUAACCGCAAUAGCAAAUUAUUUGAUGAGGUACAUACAGCUUUAAUAAAACCUGGUCCCGAUCUGGUUAUUUGUGACGAAGGUCACCGCAUCAAAAACUCUCAUGCUUCCAUAUCCCAAGCGCUGAAACAAAUGGAAACCAAAAGAAGAGUUGUUUUAACCGGUUACCCACUACAAAAUAACUUGAUGGAGUACUGGUGUAUGGUAGAUUUUGUCAGACCAAACUAUCUCGGUUCAAAAACUGAAUUUUGCAAUAUGUUUGAAAGACCCAUUAUGAAUGGACAGUGUAUAGAUUCAACAGAAGCAGACAUCAAACUUAUGAGAUAUAGAGCCCAUGUACUUCAUUCGUUACUGAUAGGUUUUGUUCAAAGGAGAUCUCAUGCGGUGUUGCAAACUGCUCUACCCCAAAAAGAGGAAUAUGUGUUAUUAGUAAGAAUGACGCCCUUUCAAAGAACACUAUAUGAAACUUUUAUGAACGAAGUCGUUCGAGUUCAAGCUGUGCCAAAUCCGCUGAAAGCUUUUGCUGUAUGUUGUAAAAUCUGGAAUCAUCCCGACGUUCUAUACAACUUCCUUAAGAAAAGAGCCGGUGGUGAAGCUGUAGAUAUAGAUUUAGAAGAAGUAGGUGGAGCACCUAUAACAAAAACUGCCAAUGAAAAACCUCCACCAAAAUCAAAGAGGAAAACUCCAGCAAAAGGGAAAAAUGGAAAGCCCGCUGCUUCCGUAACUCCUUAUAAUAGUUCCACCGAAGGUGCAGGAACUCCUCUCGUUCAAUCAGUAUCCACCGCUCCUACCACUACUUUUUCUAGCACAUCCCCAAUUACAUCCUUCGCAAACGCCCUCUCUCAGCAGAGUAAAAUAAAAGCUCAGCAGUGUACAUCAAGUCAAGAUUCCACGACGAUACAAGACAUAUCCAACAAUUUUCCAGAUACUAUAUUACAACCUUAUUACGAUCAAGAAUUUGAUCAAAAUGCUCAAUUCCCAUCAACGUUUCCUAAUAGUAAUAAUUAUAAUUACCCGAACACUUCCAACGCAAAUACCGAUUACAACAGCAGCUUCAACUUAUCAGAACAUACUCAAAAAACCAGUUUCCUCAAUCUGGAUUCUCAAAAUUCCACUCUAACACCUUUAUCUUCAAAAGUAUCACUAACUCCACUCACAUCGAAAACAAAGGAUCUGUCACUGAGUGGAAAUUCAACAUUGACACCAUUAAAUAACAUGAAUAAUUCGUUGAAUACCACUAGCGCUCUUACCCCUUUAAAGAAUGCCUGUAACAUGUUAAAUUCCGUGGGUAGUGUACCGGAUGGUGUGAAUAAUAAUAUGCAACCUAGUUCUGAAGAUAUUAUGGAAAUUGGGUGUAGCGGAAAUGGAAAUAAUCCUGUAUUUGGACAAGAUCGCCAAAGAAAUUAUAAUAUUGAAAACAACACAAAUUUCCAAAACGAAUACAAUUAUCAACAGAAUUAUUGGAACCAACCCCAGCAGCAUGAGAACACUACUAGCUAUGAUAAUCAACACAGCGAUUACUUUGGUCCUCCAAACAAUCAGUUUAAUCCCCAUUUAACAAAUUCAACUAGCUCUUGGAUGAAGAAAGAAGAUCUAAAACCGAAUGUCUCGAAUAUGAUUAACCUCAAAAACGAGAUUAGUAACGAAAAUAAACCGAAAAUAAAUAUUAUAAGCGACAUAAAACUGCCGCCAGUAUUUAGCACAGCCACAACUACAACUUCUAUGGACAAGAAAAUUAAUAUCAUCAGUGAUAUUAAGAUAGAGCCUAAAAUUGAAGAAGGCGUAGAUGUAUACGAUGUAAAACCUAAUGUAUUACCGCCUCUACCGUCUUUAACACCAUUUAAGACAGAGUUUAAAAACGAAUUUCAGUCCGAUAUUAAGACUGAAUUUAAAAACGAAAUUAAAAACGAGGAUGAACAUAAAGACGAAAAACCCCAACUGCCCACCCCCGUUCAAGAGAAUCCAUUUUCUAAAUUGAAUCCUUUGGCAUUAAAGGACUCUAAGGAGGAUAGUGGUAUUCCUUAUGAUUGGGCGAUCGAGUUACUGCAAGAUUACAAACCGGGAUGUAUCGAAAACUCUGCCAAAAUGGGAAUAUUAUUUUGUAUAAUACGAGAAAGCAUCGCUUUAGGGGAUAGACUGUUAGUUUUUAGUCAAUCUCUAAUAACUUUGGAUUUAAUAGAACAAUUCCUUCAAAUGAGUCAGGUUCCAGGAGAGACGUUUAAUUGGGCUAAAAAUAGCAGUUACUAUAGAUUAGAUGGAUCUACAAGUGCUCUGGAAAGAGAGAAACUUAUCAAUGAGUUCAACUCAAAUCCAAAAAUACACGUGUUCCUAGUUUCUACUAGAGCAGGAUCGCUAGGUAUUAAUUUAAUUGGAGCCAAUAGAGUAGUAGUUUUAGACGCCUCUUGGAAUCCAUGUCAUGAUACCCAAGCAGUAUGUAGAGUUUAUAGAUACGGUCAAAGAAAACCUUGUUUUGUGUAUAGGUUGGUUGUAGACAACUGUUUAGAAAAGAAGAUAUAUGAUAGGCAAAUAAAUAAACAAGGUAUGUCCGACAGAGUAGUAGAUGAAUGCAAUCCUGAUGCCCAUCUUACAAUGAAAGAUGUCAGUACGCUUUGUUGGGACGACAAAACCGAUGAUGUAGAGGAAAAAGAUUGGGCUCACGUCAAAGACAACUAUAUAGAUGUAGUGUUACAAAAGGUGCUAGAAAAAUAUGGCAGAACUUUGAAUAAAGAACCAUUCCAACACGAAUCUCUACUAGUGGAUAGAAAAGAAAAACAACUAUCGCAACAAGAGAAACGGUUGGCUAAAAAGGGAUAUGAGAGGGAAAAACAAGCUUCACGCCAACCUGCUUAUAGUUUGAUGGGAUCAGCUAGGGGGCAUAGGCCCGUGGCUUCAGUGAGACCAAUGCAACAGGGAGAACGACCAUCGAGAUGGAUACCAGCUGAACAUUGGCAGCGGCAAGGAAUGACUGCUCAAGAAAUGACAUUACCUUUGGAUGUAGUCAUACCAACAAAUCAACCCGAAAAGGGUAACAUAGUUCUUAAAGCAGGUCAAAAAGUAUUAGUUCUCAAAUCUCCUAAAGGAGUUUAUAUGCAACUAGAAAGCGGAAAGAUAGUCGCUAUAAAGACAGCAAUUAAAGUUAAAGGAAAAGCCGAUGAAGGCGGAGAUCCAACUAAGAUGGUAAAACCACCUCUUUUACCUCCAUCGAUUAAAGGAAAUCCUUCUCUCUCUGUGGUACCCCAAAAGAGAGUUGUAAAACCUUUUGUACCUGGUACUGCUAAGUUUGGAGUUCAGAGCGUCAGGCAGUCAGUCCCCAAUCUUGUGUCGAGGAUUAAAAAUAUGCAAAAAAACAUACAACCAGGCAAAAAAAUGUCUCAAAACGUUGGAUGUGAAGUUCCAAAGUCGUUUGUUGGAGGUAAAGACGACAGAAUGCCAAUUGGUAGCAGCGACGACGAGCAUAAAGACACCCCUUCUUUGCUUCAGCACUUAGAACGGAUGAAAAGGACUCCCCAACCCCCACAUCAAGAAAGCAACGACGAUAUUGAAAAGAGAAUAGCAUUAUUGAAAAAGAAUAUCUCCAUUCAAAGGGUAGCGGCUAAGACAACUGCCCCUCCAACGCCCCAACAAGCACCAGCGCCACUUCCUCUCGCUCCCCCGGCUCAACCAGCGAUAGUUGAUGAGGAUGACGAGAAAGAAGAAAGUAGUCCGGAGCAUUCUGGCGUCGAACAAAUGGAUCACAGUAAUUCGUCGAUGUUAGGUGAUAGUACCCCUUUCCAGGACACAUUAGAUAGUAUAACAAGUGCAUAUCAAGCGACAAAUGAUGAAAAUCUAGAAUCGUACGAAGACGACGAAAUCUCCGAACAAUCAGAUCCAAAACACCAAGAACAAAGCGAAAUAAGUGAUCAUAGCGAUGAUGUAACAUACGUUUCCGAUCAAUCUCCGACUUCUCAGUAUAAUUCACAAGCCCCAAAUCAUCAACAAUCAUCGUCAACGACUACAGAUCAGCCCAAGACUGAAAAUCAAGACUAUGGCAGCUACAAUAACUACUACAACUACCAAGCACCGCCGUAUCACGCACCUCCCCAUCCGCAAGGUUACGGUUACCCUCAACCGCCACCUCAACCGUACGAUAUGAUGUAUCCGCCUCAACCUCAACAACCCCAGUAUAAUUAUGGAUAUCAAGGUUAUCCGCCACCGCCCCAACCACACUAUCCGCCUCAUCCGCCACCACCACAACCAGGAUAUGAUUAUAGCGGACAAGCACCACCUCCAGCACAACCUAUGUAUGGGGGAUACAAUCCAUAUCCAACACAGUAUCCUCCACCGCCUCCCACACAAGGAAUGUAUCCUCCUCCACCGACUACCGGGCCUACUCCUCAAUAUAGUGAAUAUCAGCAAUAUGCUCCUCCCAUGAACAAUGUCGCUCCACCUCCUUCGCAGUAUUAUCCUAAUUCUUAAGGUGUUUUAAUAUUAAUUUAGACCAAUCGACUUGGGGAUUCAAAAAACUUGAUAUUUUGAGUUUUUUGUCUGUGAAAUAUCAUGGAGUGAUAGAAUUAGACAGACUUUCACAUCGCUCUUUACUCCUUUUUUUCUUUGUAUAUAUAUUUAUAUAUAUUUUUACUUUAUAAGCAAAUUUUUCGUGUAUAUUACUUAUUAGAAACAUUAGACUUUUGAAUUAUGAAAUUUUGUACAUAUUUUAUGAUGAAAAAUCUAUUUGGAAAUAUGCAAGUACUAUAAUUGAUUUUUAUUGUUUACAUUUGAUAAAAUUGAGACAAAACGAAAUCUCUACAUAUUAUAUUUAAAAAUUAUUCGACAGGGAUAAGAGGGAUUUUUUGAAACUGGCAAACUUACAACUCCGGAAAAAUUUCCUAUUUUCUAUUUCGAAUUUGAAUUUCUCCGUUUCCACCGUGAAAUAUAAAUACAGAUAAUGGAAAACUAUAUGAAAAUAUGUUAUUGUCCAGGGUUAUGAAAACGCGCGCCAUACAGUAUUGUGAGUAUUGGUGGUAGCAGUAAACAGUGUGUUCAGUAUAAAUAUCUCCAACAGAAAUUUCAUCCUAGAAAUCCAAAGAGGAUUGUUUUUGCAUCCAUUGAAAUAUUGUGCUCCGGUUUCGAGAACACAACCAUAUACACUAGAGUCCUGCCAAUCUGGAGAUCUGCCUAAUUCGGACAGUGCUAUAACUUAAAUUUUUUCUCUAAAAUAGAUGAAUUAGGAAACUUGAAGAAAAACAAGAUUUUUCAAAUAACUUCAUCCAUUUAUUAACACAAGACACAAAGUAAUGAGUAACAUAUGUAACAAAAGUUUUCUUAAAAAAAUUUGAAGUGCAAUUUUGAAAUAACAAAAUAAUGUUAACAAUUCAUUUAUUUAGCAUAUCUUACUUAACAUAUAGUUAACAAGAAACACAAUUUAAAUUAUACCUAAAGGGAUAUUUUCUUCAAUUGCGCGCAAAAAGGGCCAUUUUCUUCAGUUUUUGCUUAACACGUUGCAGCAUAUGCUGAGCGGUGUGAUUGUCAUUUUGUCAUCCAUACAUGCUUUUUCUAGUUUCUGUAAAAACAGUGGAGGUUCAUUUUUAGCAGACACAUUGCAGCUGGCUGACACACUUAUGUGUUGUUUGUUCAUUUUCAAUCCUGGUGUAAAUUGUUCCUAUUGGGAUAUCAGACUUUUAGAAGACAAUGCUUUAAGUUGAUUCCAGAUUACCUUUGAAUUCCCCAAGGUGUUGAAUAAUUACUUCAUUGUUUGCCGAUUGUUUCUCUCCAGUUUAUCAGUCUAAUUCUGUAUUGUUUCUUUUCUCAGUCUUAAGAAACCACUUCUAGUCGUAAAUUCAUGAGCUCAUGCAGUUUGAUCUUUACUUAAAGGGUCAGUGAUAGGGAUUCCUUACUAUCUUUCUUGGGUAAACUGCUACGUUUUUCAAUAAUUUGUUUACUUGGGGUAGUACAAAAGUUCUCCAAUUUACCUCCGUUCUCUAUCAAAUCGGAUAUGGUUGCUUGGAGAAGUAGAAAUGUUUUCAAUUUUAGCUCUGCUCUUUUUCAAACCGAACAAGGUUGCUUUGUAGUUACCAACAUCUUUGGCUAGCUAAUCUUUUAUUGUGAAAGGUUUGCUAGUAAUGAUGAAAUAAUAGAAUGGUCAAGUACAGAAUCUAAAAAUCUACAUUAAAAACUACUCACAAAAAUACACGCUGAUUGACUGACUCGUCAUAUGAUGGGAACGGAAGAUGUAUUUAGUGUCUGACUUUUAAUAUUCCACUAAAAGAGAUAAUAUGACAUUAUGUGACAAAAGUCCACCUUAUCAGAAUUUUUGCUUAUCCGAAUGAGAUUCUGUUCCAAAUAGUUCGAAUUGGUGGGACUCUAGUGUAUCAAUGGUGUUGAAAUAAAGUUGUAUCAUCAACAGCUUCAAAAUGCAAUUCCCGUUACUGCUGCUCUAGUUAAAAUGAUAAAUUUAGCAACUACACCUUCACGAUCAAAAUAAUUGAAAACUGGCACGAGUCAUCAUUAAAUCGAAGAAGAGUUGAAACUUGAUCUCGCGGGGAGGUACUGACGCAACUGUAACACGUGUUUGUUUUGUCAUAAGUCAUUUUAUCACUCACCUAUCGUGUCAUAAGAGUUUAUAAAACUCUUCGAAUAAUUUAAGACAUAUUAGUCUUCAGUAGUAAUCGUACUUCCAAAAUUAAUUACCUUUCCAUUUUAUGCGAUAAUACUUUUUAUCAAAAAUCGACAAAAAUUGUUUGUUUAUAUGCAUUUUGACAUAUUUAACUCAAAUUAAAUCCAGUGUAAUAUAAAUUGGACGAUAAAUGGAAAUAAUUCAGCAAUAAUUUGUUGAAAGGAGAAAAAAAAUGUUCGUGUAACUCUGCAGGUUAUUUAUAAGAUACAUUUUGUGUUACUCUUGAUUUUAUUUCUACAUCAAUCGCAAUCCGUAUUAAUUGUGACAAUUAUUAGGAUUUACUAAACGGAAAUUAUUUUCAGUGAAUCUCACGACUUACGGAAUUAAAAUCAAGAAAUUGUGUUAGAAAUUAUACCAUAACUUUAUUAAUAGGAAGAAUAAAAUAUUCUAGUUAGUUUAAAAUUCCACUUUUAUGUGAUUUUUUUUAGUGACAAAUUGUGAUUUAAUCAAGUGUAAUCUUUUUUUUUUUUCGUGUGUAUUAAAUUGACCCAAAUUGAUUGGUCUUCGAUUUCCGAGUAGUGCAAUAGUUUUAACGGAAAAGAAUCUGUAUAAUUCUUAAGGUCCUAGAUGUUGGUGGUAUUGCAAAAUUAUCCUUUUUCACGGUAUUUUAGGUAUUUUAUUAAGAUAGUUCUUGAAUUUUUUUGUGUAAAUUUAAGUAAUUUGUAUAAAGUAGCGUUGUAACAAAAAGUUUUAUUUUAAAUUCAUACACGACGUCAUAAAUACUUGUCUACCAAUUUGAUUAAAAACAAUAUAUACUUGAAUGGCACAUUUUUAGCCUAACCCAGGUCUGAAGUGAAAUAAUUGUAUAAACUAGGUUAUGGUGGGUAGUUGUCACCGAUAGAGCUGGAAUCAAUAAAAAGUCUCUAAUUUAAGAGCAAAGUAUUGAUCCACUUUAAUAAUUUUUUUAAUAUAACUUAGUUUCUUUUUUUAUUAGAAUCUGCCCUUGUUGUAUAUCAUUCUAAAGGACAUUCAAUGCUCUAAUUAAAUUAUCAAUUCUAUUUCUUUUAUCGAUAAUAUUUUUCCAAAAAAUUACAAUAUGUAAUGAAUAUGUUUCUUCUCUUGCUCGAAUGAUGCCUUGCAUACAAUCCUUUCAUCUAUCACUGUCUCUUGUAUGUUCAAAACCGUGAUAGUUGCUGGAUUUUUUGCAUUCAUGCUUUUAUUAGCUUGUUCCAAAUUUUUUCUAUUAGAUUGUCCACACAAUUACAUUUCCGAAGAAUUUUUUUAAUAUCCGAGUUAUAUGAGGCUUGGGAUUAUCCUGAUAAUUUAUUCCCAAUGAGGCUGUUAUAGAGGAUAUCAACUGAUUUUUAUAACUUAAGGAAUCAUCAUUUAACUGCUAUCUCUUGUAGGUGUAAAACCAUGGUAGGUGCUGGAGCUUUUGGUUUGAUGCUUUUUUAGCUUGUUCCAAAUCUUUUCUAUUGGAUUGUGGUCAUCCAUAUAAUUACUACAAUACCAACAUCUCUGAAGAAAUUUUUAUAUUUGUAUGAGAAUUGAGAUUAUCCUGAAUGUAUAAUAAAAAUUUAUUGCCAAUAUGGCUAUUAUAUGCUCAUUCAAAACUUCUGCUACACAACGGUUUGUAGUGAUACCAUUAUUUCGUCCCGGGGAAAUGUAUGAUAAUUCGUUGUGCGAAAUUACCCCCAGAACAUACUGGAUCCACUUCUGUAAGCAUUUCUUUUAUCUAUACUUUGUGCAUAUCGGUCUCCAGCGCCUCUUUUACAUCGCUUGUUUCCAUGAAGCCAUACUCUGGUCUCCUCUGAUAAGACUACCAUCUCCAUUGCUGAGCAGUCCGACACUUGCUUAUCGAUAACAUUAAAUUGUCAAUACAAAUAUUUUCACGAGCUUCUUGUUGUUUAAACAUAAGGGUUUAAGCACCACGAAUACUUAGAAUACUGGCAGUUAGGUAGAACAAAAUUACCGACUUUUAACAUAUUUUCAUCCGUGUUUGACGUGCAAGGUCGACCUGAACGCGAAUCAUCUUCAUCAAUGUUUGGCAAUUAAAUUUCAGUUGCAGUUUUUCCCAAUUUCAUGUGAAAUUUCACAACAAUCCGUUGCUCUAUUUAAUUCGAUCCUUUUUAUAGCAAAACAAAAAAAACAUUCUAUAAAAAGGAAGGCCACGGCUACACUGGUAGAUAUCGCAUUCGAAAUAGUAGGCGUACUUUUUAUGUAGCAGCGCUAGUCUCGUUAUUUAAUAACCGCACCUCGUAUUUAUUAGUCGCUUCGUGAUCAUGAUUUCUGAAAAACAGAAUUUUCGAGAUAUACACUUAUAGUGUGCAACUGAGCUCUGCUUUUAGGUGGUACUGGUGAGAUGGAUCGUAAUAAGGUCUAAUUCUUAUAUUUAUACAUUUUUUUAUCAAAUUUGGAGAAAAUGUAAAAACAAAAUUGUUUUUACGGAACUCGUUUGCUAAAUAAAGUCAGUAAAUUCGGUCGUUAACAUAAGGGUAAUUUAAUUUAAGACGUUGCCAAAUGUAUUCUUUCUUAAAUUUACGUAAAAAAUUUUACUUUCCAAUUGCAACACCCCUGUUUUUCACAACUUUCUAUACAUUUAUACUGAGGAAAAGUGAAAAAACAAAAAUUUUAUUUCGUGUAAACAGAAAGUGAAAAGGGAAAACCUGAAUGUUUCAGAGAAAUUAAUUGCAAAUUUUCAAAAUUUUAUGAUUUUUUGAGUCUGUGGUCUAUAUUUUUUAAAAAUAAUUGAAACAUGUCAAAUGAGACUUUGGACUUCGAUAAUUUCUUUUCUAAACCACCGAAAUUGGAAUAAUAUCUUGAAAUAAAACUCACAAAGCGUUGGACUGUAAAAGAGGAGCUUUUAGUCAAAAAAAUCUCAUGAUUCGACACCUCUAGAUCCGGUGGAAGGGAUUGUAACCCCUUUUUUCACCAAAACCACCAAUCACGUAGACAUUAGUAUUAAAGUUAAACCACACAAAGAAAUAUUAUAAGAGCUAUCUUAAUAUACCGUAACAUUUAACAGAUUUGAUAUUUUUCGAGUAUUGUGAUAUAAAAAUAGCAUUGGAAGUGGAAUAUGACUUUUUUUAUCAAACUUUAUAUUAAAAAAAAAUUGCAAAUUGAGAUUAUUAACAAUUCUGAAUAGAAGUUAUGAAAAUAAUACUUUUUAAAAAUUUUAUUUUAAGAACGUUUUUUUUAAAUUUCCAAUGUAUUGUUUAUAUUGUAAAAUUAUUAAGGGAAAUAUCAAAAAUGUAUCUAUGACUUUAUAUUAAAAAACAUCAGAAUUAGUCCUGAAGCUGGGCAUAUGGUAUUUGGAAUAAAUACAUUUUCCAAUGUUUUUUUGUAAUAGUAUCCAAAGAAAA